AUGUGGACGAGCUGGCUGGACACCUCGCAGAUGGAUGGAAACUUGGCCGGAGAGCUGGGGUGCUGGGCCAGGGUCCAGUCCAUCUGUGUCUCCCUUCUCAAGGUGCCUCUGAUGUUCGGGUUCCUGUACCUCUUCGUGUGCUCUCUGGACGUGCUCAGCUCUGCCUUCCAGCUGGCCGGAGGCAAGGUGGCCGGGGACAUCUUCAAGGACAAUGCCAUCCUCUCCAACCCAGUGGCUGGGUUGGUGGUGGGCAUCCUGGUGACAGUGCUGGUGCAGAGCUCCUCCACCUCCACCUCCAUCAUCGUCAGCAUGGUCUCCUCGGGGCUGCUGGAGGUGCGCUCGGCCAUCCCCAUCAUUAUGGGCUCCAACAUCGGCACCUCUGUCACCAACACCAUCGUGGCCCUCAUGCAGGCUGUGAGCGGGUACCUGCACCACGUCACCCGCCUGGUUGUAGCCACCUUCAACAUCCGCAGUGGGAAGGAUGCCCCUGACCUGCUGAAGAUCAUCACGGAGCCCUUCACUAAGCUCAUCAUCCAGCUGGACAAGUCGGUGAUCACGGGCAUCGCCACAGGGGAUGAGAGCCUGCGCAACCGGAGCCUCAUCCGUGUCUGGUGUGGCCCUGCGCCCCCACAGGUGAGGGGCCCAUGGCCCUGCUUGGGCCACCAAACGAUCCUACAGAGGGUGGGUGAUGGACAGGGACUGGCUGAGGAUGCUGUGGAGCUGUUGUUCCUGGCCGGGUCCCUCGUCGUGCUCUGCAUGUGCCUCAUCCUCCUGGUCAAACUCCUCACCUCCCUGCUCAAGGGGCAGGUGGCCAAAGCCAUCCAGUAGCUCAUCAACACUGACCUCCCGCACCCGCUCAGCUGGCUCACUGGGUACUUCGCCAUGGUGGUGGGCGCUGGGAUGACCUUCGUGGUGCAGAGCAGCUCUGUUUUCACCUCGGCCAUCACACCCUUGAUCGGCCUGGGGGUGAUCAGCAUAGAGCGUGCCUACCCACUGACCCUGGGCUCCAACAUCGGCACCACCACCACCGCCAUCCUGGCCGCCCUGGCCAGCCCAGGGGACAAGCUGGCCAGCUCCUUCCAGAUUGCCCUCUGCCACUUCUUCUUCAACAUCUCCGGCAUCCUGCUGUGGUACCCGCUGCCCUUCACCCGCCUGCCCAUCCGCAUGGCCAAGGCGCUGGGCGAGCGCACGGCCAAGUACCGCUGGUUCGCCGUGCUGUACCUCCUCGUCUGCUUCCUCCUGCUGCCCUCCCUCGUCUUCGGCAUCUCCAUGGCGGGCUGGCAGGCGCUGGUGGGGGUGGGCGCACCCUUCCUCAGCCUCCUCUUCUUCGUGGGGCUGGUGAACGCGCUGCAGGCGCGCAAGCUGAAAAGCAGAGUGCCGGUUCCCCCACCGGCCACCACCAGCUCUGCUGGGGACACCAGGACCCCUGCAUUCACUGCUCCAGCAGCGCCCCAUGGCCGAUGA